AUGGGACGUCCUACGGGAUCCAGUGAAUCUACAAAUAGCUUAACCGUACGCGACAACAGAACUGGAAAAGUCUAUGACAUUCCAAUUGUUGACAACAGCAUACCUGCGACAGCUUUCAAAAAUAUGAAAGCACCAUUCUCACCUGGAGAGAGGGAAGAGAACGAAACUGACAAAGGUUUGCGUGUCGCGGACAAGGGAUAUCUGAACACGGCUGUGAUGAGAAGUGAAAUCACGUACAUUGACGGAGAAGCAGGAGUUCUGCGUUACAGAGGAUACCCUAUCGAACAACUUGCUCUCCACUCUUCGCACUUGGAGACUUCAUACCUUCUUAUUUACGGAUCGCUUCCUUCUAAAAGUCAACUUGAGAUUUUUGAAACAGAAGUUCUUCAUCAUGGAGUCAUUCACGCAGAUGCAGAACAAUUUUGUCGAUCUUUCCGAUAUGAUGCACACCCCAUGGCAAUCUUGACCAGUGCAUUUGCCUAUCUGGGAUCUUAUUACGCCGAAGCCAACCCCUCAUUGCAAGGCCAGACACUCUAUAGCAAAGGAGAUGCUGCAUCCCUUACCAUUAUGGAUAAACAAAUAUACAGAUUAAUUGGCAAAGCAACUACACUGGCCGCUAUGGCCUACCGUGUUCGUCAAGGAAGAGACUUCGUGACCCCGCCUACCGGGCUUAGUUAUACUGGAUCGUUCCUCUAUCAAAUGGAUCAUCUCGGCGAAGAAAAUUAUACCCCUAAUCCCGUUCUCGAAAAAGCAUUAGAUACCUUAUUUCUUCUUCACGCGGACCAUGAAUUAAAUGCUUCUUCUACGACCGUUCUACAAACUGGUAGUUCACUUGUUGACCCCUAUUCAGCCGUCGCAGCUGGCUGCGCUUCUUUGUAUGGGCCUCUACACGGCGGUGCAAAUGAAGCCGUCAUUCGUAUGCUUAUUUCCAUUGGAAAGCCGGAGAACGUACCUGCCUUUAUCGAGGCGGUGAAGAAGCGGGAAAAAGUUCUUUCUGGCUUUGGACAUCGUGUCUACAAGACAUCUGAUCCUCGCUCCUUUAUCGUUCGCAAGACGGCAGACGAGGUUUUCAAAAUUACUGGAAAGGAUGAAUUGCUCGAGACUGCCAUGGCUUUGCACGAAGCUGCUAUGAAGGACGACUAUUUUAUUAAACGAAAGCUGGCACCAAAUGUUGACUUUUGUGCGCUCACCAAAUUUAGUGGUCUAAUAUACCGCGCUAUGGGUUUCCCCCUCGAUUUCUUCCCGGUGCUCUUUGCCGUCCCCCGGGUCGUCGGUUGGCUUGCCCAUUGGCGCCAAAUGAUGUUGCAAGAGGGCGGUGUAAAAAUUUGGCGGCCACGUCAGAUAUACGUCGGUGCCAGCAAGCGGGACUACGUUCCGAUCAAUGAAAGAGUCGCGGUAGAAGGUGAACGAAAGACCCCGUCGGCCAUCCCGCACUCUGGGAUCACGAAGAGAACAAUGCUUGCCAACUUUAAAGGAAAAGCAAUUGCGAAACUGUAG